UUUUUUAAAUUCUGUAGAAGUUUAUCUACAAGAAAUAGAGUUUUAACAUUCAUUUCCACAUGAAUUUAGUGUUCUAGUGCAUUUCUGAAAACUUUAACGACCUUCACACUCACAACUAUCCAACAGACAUUCCAGUGCUGGCACGUGUUGAUUCGCACGGGUGGAGCUGGUAGGGGUUUUUCAAACACUCGACUUGUUCUGGAUUCGAUACCCAAAGGAUUUUGGUAAGGACAAAUACGGGAGAGAGAAUGGUGUUGACGGAGAACGAGUUGCUCAUGGCGAUUACCAAGUCCCAAUCGGACAGGCGAAUUCGGUUUGCACUGUCCACGCGUCGAAAGACGGCAAACUUCAGUGAACAGGCUGCUUGCGAUAGAGAGAUCCAACGUUACUUAUCUCGCAAAGGAACGGCGGCUUAUCGAUUCAACUGUUGUGUUGUCCACCAGCCAUGGCGCUUCAAUCAGAUAACAGCAACGAUUGAUCACGGAUGGGACGAAUUCGGACCGACUAACGAAUCGCUUCACGCUAUUUACCGCACCUUACCAUUUUAUGAACAACCAAACAAAGAUGCGUUCUGCAACGAGCAGAUCAAUGAUUUGAACAGGAACGCGAACAGGAACGAGCCUAGGGUCAAUAGAAACCUUGUAAUCGAGUAUGACUCGGAUAAACCGAAAGGCGAAACAAGCUGGGGUGUGCGCCUUCUUAGCUGUAUCUUCGCGUGAACGACAUGUUUCCAAGCAACAAAUCUUUAAAAUUAUUCCUCGUUGUCGUACACGCUGUGGUAUAUAACCAUUAAAUUUUGUUUGUUUUUCUGUAUUUUACACGCGUCCCAAAAUAAAGAUAUUCCCCUAGUAGAA